UUUAUGUGGAAUCUGUCGAAAAAAAGAACAUAAAAGAAACACAUGCCCAAGACAAUUUGGUAUCAAUACAGCAUUUUACGAUGAUGGAGAUAUGGUAUUAAAUAGAAUGAGAAAAACUUUAGUACCUUGGCAAUUACAUAAAAUCAUUAGAAAUAGACCUUCCGAAAGAAGAACAUGUACAUAUUGUGGUGCGUUAGAUCAUAAUAAAAGAAAAUGUCCUUGGGCAAAUACUCAAGAUAGAAACUUGCAAAAUGUAGCUGGAAUCAGGGCUGCAACAAAAAAAUAUUUUGAAGCACCCUAUUAUCCCUUACGAAUGUGUAGUUGGUGUGGCAUGGUGCCAUCGGUCAUAAUAGAAAAAGUUGUCCUUUUCAUAAAGCUGAAAGAAAUAGAAUAG